AUGAUGAUGGUGAUGAUUUAUGAUGAGGAGGAUAUUGAUGAUGAUAUUGAUGAUGAUAUUGAUAAUGGUGAUGGUGUAACAAGCAUCUCUACAGAAAAAAUUCAAAAGCCAGAUAUUGAAGUGAAAUUCCAUAAGUCAUCUUCAGGUGGUCGAACUGUGACUAUUGAGUGCAGCAGCAGGACAUUCAGUUACAAGUCCUGCAUUUUCUACAGAAAUGAAGGAUCUCCACACAAUGUUCAAUCAUCUUCAGAGUCCAGUGUUCAGUAUGUUAUUUCUAAUGCCAACUCACAGCAUGAAGGAUUCUAUGACUGUGAAUGUUACACGGGUUCUAAACAUACAGAAACAAGUUUUCGUGCACCUUUAAUCCUAACGAAUCAAGUGGAGGAGCCAGAGAUAAAAAUGGAAGAAAAUGGAAGUAAAAUUGUAUGUAGCAGCAAAAAUAACACCUAUAAAUACAGAUUAUGUGUGUUGUAUAAAAAUGAUCAGCAAAUACAGGACACUAAACAGAAAAACAGCUAUAAUAACAACCCCACAGAAACUGUUACUUUUGAUUUAGGCACCAAUAGCGACCAUUAUAAUAAUAUCCCGAGUGUUGGUACUAUCGUUUCUGCCAAUGACCUGUCUGAUGGGAAUUACUUCAGCUGCAUGUGUUAUACGGCUGAACCAUCAAAGUGGACGUGCCGCAGUCAGUCUGUUACUAAGGGAGGAAACUAUUUAACAAAGCCACCCUGUACUUUAAGUAAAGAUGUUGAUUACGCAAACAAAAAUAUUGAUUACACAAAUGAAAAUAUCGCUAAGCUAAUUGUCGCCAUUAUCCUGCUUGUAAUGAUGUUUAUUUUUAUUUUGGAACAUGUACAAACAUACAAAAAGGAGCUGCAAAGCCAUGGAUGACAUGACACAUCUACUGUUAUAAUACAGUCAUUAAAUGAACAGAUCUUGUGACUUGCAAUUUAUAUCACUCAGUUAUCAUGUAUAUUAGACAAUUAAAGGUUUCAGCCUGAUUAUAGAAUGAGGCCUGUAAACCAGCACAUAGUUUGUCAUACAAGUAUCAUUACUGUCCCUGUAAGGUCUUAUCUUGUUAAUGUAGUGCUUGUUACAAUGACUAAAUGAGUUGUGUAAAUGAUGUUGUCAGUGUUUUCUACAAGCAGCAGCAAUUACACAGAAUGUCAUUCUCUUCAAAUGUUGUUUCACAGACUAGAAGGUGUGGAAUUGUCUAACUGUAGCAGCCUACUUGCAUCCAUAUAUUUCUGAGCAUUUUCCUAAAAAAAUGUACAUUUUGUUAUGUUGUGACAUGUUAAAGCAGCAAUGUUUUUUUUCAGCAAAAAGACUUUUUAAUGAUAAUAGCCAACACAUUCUCUGACUUUACAGAAACACUAUAAAAUAUUACAAUGCAAAAUAAUCCAGAAUUAUAUUUUUCACUAAAUUUUUACAAAUGUUGAUAUCUUGGAAAGUGUGCAGUUCACACUCAGAAAUGUCAACAAAGGAUCUGUUCCGCUUUCACAUGAUGGCAAUAAAUCUUUUUUUGAGCAAAAGACAGAUAACCUAAACUACAGUCCGUGAAACAGUAUGGCUAAGUGUCAUUAGAUGGAAUCUAUAACUCUGAAACUGUAGUAGAUAGGAACAUUUCCCUUGCUGUGAUGGACAGUAAUCUUAGAGUUAAGGCAGCAAGAUGUGACACCCUUGACUCCCCAUUCUGGGGUGAGCAUUUGCUACCCCUGUCACAAAAACACUUUAAGGUGUUAACACAUUUUAGAAUUUUAUUUUUGUUUCUGAAAGUCAAACUUUAACUUUCAAACUGUCCUGAUGCACAGAAUCAUGUCUUCUAAUUCUAACAAGGAGACAUGAUUUACCCCUGUGAACAAAUAGAAUGGUUAGGUCUUCCAGGAAAAAAUCUCAUCCGUGCCAGAUGUCCAGGAGGUGUGUCAUAGCUGAGGACCUGUCAAAACGACAAUAACUUCAGACAUGACAACCACAUCUGAAAAGAUUCAUUCUAAAAGGAUUCUGGCACAUAAAAUACUUCAUGUUGUAAGGGAUGCAAGCCCCACAGUCACAGCAGAAGGAAAUUUGAUUGAUAGGAAAGUGAGCUGAGAGAGACUCUACAUUUCUAUGUCAGACAUGAAGCCGGCAUAGUGCUUAUCUUAACAUUUGUAAAUUAAAUAUGCAGGUAGUUAUAUAAGCAAUUAUAGGGUUUAACAUGUAUUUACCUUUCCAUUGUGCCCAUGUACUUAUUCCUAAAUCCAGUUUUAUCUCUGGUGGCUAACAGGAAAUCAUGCCACCUCAGACAAACACAUCAUAUCAGACUAAUCAACAUACAUGAAAAUAGUACUUCAUAUCUGCAUGAAAUGCUUGCUUUUAUUUUUAUUAUGUGUUUUCAGUAUGGGCUGCAUAGCCCCAUGUUUAUGUUUUUACUUUCUCCAAGUGAAAGUGAGUUUUAUAGGGAUGCACAUUUUAUUUCCAAGUCUUCACCACUGGCUGUAUUUGGCAUUGCAGAACAAAGGAAAAAAUCCACAGAUUUUUUUAUUAGAAAAAAAGUGAAGGCAAGGUUACUGACUAAAAUGAUAUUAAAAUGUCUGCUAAUGGACCUAGAUGCCCUGAGAGCAGACAAAAUGUUAACAGUUCUUAAACUCAUGAAUGUCAGUUUUUAAAAAUGUUGGGUUUAAUUCUGGAUGUGCCCCUAGUGCCAUCUUGUAGUACAGCUUUUAAUGGUUGGUCAAAAUACGAAAAGCUUCCUCAUUCUGUUGAAUCUGUAAAUGUGUUUUCUGUACAACAUCCACACAACAUUGUUGCCUCACAGCUGGUUUAUUAAAAGUCUGCAGUAUGUAA